CAUUCUAUAUAUGUAUGUAUGGAGCCACCUUCCGACCUCACACCUUAAACUCCAUCAUCUCUGAAAGCUUACUCAAUGGCUGCUAGCGGUGGCUGCAAGGGCAAAUCUAUUUGCUCAAAGCAUGUCACCAUGCUCACGGCCGUAAUUAUGAGCUUUGGAGUCAUCUCCUGUUGUGUCGGCCAUGGCGGAGGGGAUCAUGAUGGCCAUCUCGGGGCGAAGGGGGGAAGCUGCAUAGAGAGCGAGAGGAGAGCUCUCCUAGACAUCAGAUCCGACAUGUAUGACUCUGGCGAAAUAUUCUCUACUUGGAUCGGUGAAGAUUGCUGUCGUUGGAGAGGAGUGGCCUGCGACAACACCACCAGCCAUGUCAUCAAACUCGACCUCCACUAUCCUUACUCCUACACAGACGAUUGGGAUGAUGGGGUUAACAUUUGCUACUUGCUGUAUGAGAUGGGUGCGAGUAAGGUAAAUCCCGCUUUGCGUGAUCUGAAGCAUUUGAAAUAUCUGGAUUUGAGCAUGAAUAAUUUCUUUGGCUCCCACAUUCCCCACAUGAUUGCUUCACUUGUGCAUUUGGAAUAUCUUAACCUAUCCAAUGCCAUGUUUGGUGGACUAAUACCUCCUCAACUGGGGAAUCUCUCUAAGUUACACUUCCUCGAUCUUGGAGGAUGUGGACAUAUUGAUCGACGAGCUGAUGACCUUGAUUGGCUCUCCCGAAUUCCGUCUCUAAUACAUGUUGAUAUGAGUUCUGUCAACCUCUCUAAAGCAACUAAUUGGCUUCACCAAGUUAAUUCAAUUCCCAGUCUUGAAGUAUUGCGCUUGGAGUGGGCAAGCCUCCCGUAUAUUCCAGCUCCUCCGCCCCCAUUUAAUUUGACUUCAAUCGUAAAGCUGGAUCUCUCUGGUUAUUCCAACUUGAACACAACAAUUCUAAGAUGGCUCUCUCAUGCUAGCAGCCUUGCAUAUCUUGAUCUUUCUUCUUGUAGUGGUAUCGAUAUUGAGUCACUACAAGUCACUCUCGGAGCUCUGAGUAAUUUGAAAGAAUUAUAUUUGCUAGACAAUAGUCUCGAAGGAGAAAUUUUUGGAAUGAUAAUGAAUGUGAGCAGGAGCUUGAAGUAUCUGGAUUUAAGUUGGAAUUCAUUAAGUGGAGAUAUGGGACAAAUCUUGAGGAGCCUUAGCCCUUUUGGAAUGCUAAUGAAUGUGAGCAGCAGGUUGAAGCAUUUGGAUUUAAGUUGGAAUUCAUUAAGCGGAGAUAUUGGACAAAUCUUGAGGAGCCUUGGCUCCUUGGAGUACCUCGCAUUAGAUGAAAACAAGUUCGAUGGAGAUAUUCUAGAAAUGGUGAAAAAUGCUCCGAGCAGCUUACAAUAUUUAAGUUUGACAUUCAAUCACAUUACCGGAGAAAUUUCACAAAAAGUAAAGAAUCUCACUAAUUUGGAAUACUUGGAUCUCUCGUACACCAAUAUUACCGGAGGUAUACUAAUGGCUUUUUGUGAUCUUAUCAACUUGAAAAGUUUGAUAUUACAAGGAAAUAAUUUUUCAAGACAAAUACCAAAAACUAUUGGAAAUCUCACCAAUUUGGAAUACUUGGAUCUCUCGUAUAAUAAUAUUAUUGGAGCUAUACCAACGACUAUUGGUGAUCUCAUCAACUUGGAGAGCUUGAUAUUAUGGGGAAAUAAGAUUUCAGGACAAAUACCAGAAAUUAUUGGGAAUCUCACCAAUUUGAAACGCUUGGAUCUCUCAGACAAUAAUAUUACUGGCGGCAUACCAACGACUUUUGUUGAUCUCAUCAAUUUGGAGAGCUUGAUAUUAUGGGAAAAUAAGAUUUCAGGACAAAUACCAGAAAUUAUUGGGAAUCUCCAAAAUAUACGAUCGCUAGAUUUAUCUGAUAAUUUUUUUAGUGGGCAGAUACCAGAGACCUUCAACAGACUCUACAACUUGCAAAUGUUGGAUGUAUCACGUAAUCACCUGACAAAGUUAGUAUCUGGGACUCUAAAUAAACUAUGCAAUUUGAGUUCUAUAGAUUUGUCCUUUAACCCUAUUGGUGGAGAGCUAACAGAUUUGAUCGAUGCUUUACCAGAUUGUAACCAGAGAGCCAGUUUAGAUAUAUAUAUUAGGGCUAAUAAUUUGAGUGGGAUUGUCCCCUCAAGUAUUGGUCAAUUAUCUGCAUUGCGUGAAUUGGACAUCUCCUCAAAUUUGCUGGAAGGCAACAUCACUGAAGCACACUUUUCCAAACUCACCAACUUGGAACACUUGGACAUAUCUUAUAACUCCUUGAAUGUGAUCCUAUCCAAUGAUUGGCUUCCACCUUUUAAUGCCUACAGGAUUAUUAUGAGCUCAUGUCAUAUGAGAACUAAAUUUCCUGCUUGGAUUCAGACACAAACAAAUUUGGGAGAUCUUUCUUUAUCUGGAGUUGGACUCUUAGGCCACCUUCCAACUUGGUUUUCAGAUUUCUCGAAAGGUUUGUGGGGUCUUAACUUGAGUUCUAAUAACUUGAAUGGUCCGCUACCCUCUGUUGCCAAUGACAUCAUUGAUCUUUCCAAUAACUCAUUUGUUGGACGCAUUCCGUUGAGUUUUGCAAAUGCCUCCUACCUUCAAAUUUUAUCUUUAUCUCAUAACAAUAUCAAUGGCAGUUUUUCUCCCUUUUUCUGCAAUCUUAAUGAUCUGAAAAUCCUGGACCUAUCAAACAAUAAUUUAUCUGGAGAAAUCCCAACAUGUCAUAAAUCAUUCCCAACUUCUCUACAGUCCUUGCAUCUGAACCACAACAACUUGUCUGGAAGAUUUCCUUCCUUCCUGAAACAUUGUGAACAAUUGGUUACCCUUGAUCUCGCUGAAAAUAAUUUGUUUGAUGAAAUACCAACAUGGGUGGGAGAAAACCUUUUGUACUUGAGAGUUCUUAGUUUGAAGUCAAACCUAUUUUAUGGUACCAUUCCAGUGCACAUAGCAAAUCUCACUUCUCUUCAGGUUUUGGAUCUUUCUUCCAACCAUCUUUCUGGUAGCAUUCCUUCGUCUCUAGGAAAUUGUAGUGCUAUGGUUGAGAUACAACAUGACACUACAUCAUUGCUUAAUCUUUUUAAUGUUAGCGGUUCCUAUAGCGAGAGCAUAGUAAUAACAGCCAAAGGAUAUGACAUCCAAUACACCACAAUUCUCUCACUUGUAACAAGCAUAGACCUAUCAAACAAUAAUCUUUCCGGCGAGAUCCCAAGAGAGCUAACAAACCUUCAUGGAUUGCUUUUUUUGAACUUAUCCAAGAAUCAUUUGAGAGGAACCAUUCCAGAAAAGAUUGGUUCCAUGGAACAACUGGAAUCACUUGACUUAUCGAUGAACAAUCUCACAGGAGAUAUUCCUUCCAGCUUAUCAUCUCUCACCUUCCUAAGCCACUUGAAUCUCUCUCACAACAACUUGUCAGGAAGAAUUCCAACAGCCGGUGGUCAAAUGUCGACCUUCAACGCGUCAAUCUAUGAUGGUAAUGAAUACCUUUGUGGUACGCCACUGCCAGAGUGCCCUGGUGAUGCAGAUCAUCAAAGUCCACCUCAUGAACACGAAGAGAAAAACGGUGACAGGCUUGAAACAGUGUGGGAAAUUACCAGCAUCGUCAUGGGUUUUGUGGUUGGUUUUUGGAGUUUUGUUGGAACAAUGAUCAUGAAACAGAGCAUAAGGAUGGCUUUCUUUCGAGUUUUCGACAAGGCCUACGAUUGGUGCUACGUGCAUUUGGCAGUCGGAUGUGCAAGGUUAAAGUCCAAACAGCAAAGUGUGACUUGAUCCAUCGGUGGCAAGAACAGAAGAGUUUGCUGUUACAUCUUAAGGAGGUCUCAAGCUGCUUUUCCAGUUAGUAAUUCCAGCUCGUAUGAUAUGGUGUACUGUUGUCAGAAUAAGGAAGGAAAAGGGUAUCGCAGUUGAUGGCCUUUUGCUUCAUUAGUAUGUAUGUGUUUGUUCUAAUCAGUUCAAAAACUUCAUCAUCCGUCGUUCUAAUCAAUAUGUUCAAGUCAGUCAUCCCUACCGUUGUCUUUAUGACAUUAUAAUAAAGCAGAAGAAGUAUGCUGAAGAGCUUAUUGUUACAUCUUGAGGUCGCAAGCUGCUUUCAAGUAAUGCUGUAUGUAAUCAUCAUGCAAUGUUGUCAGAAUAAAGAAGGAAGAAGUAUCAAGUAAUGCAUUCCUUCUAAUCUCUUCAAAUACUUUUUUAUCUUCCGUAGUUCUGUUAUCGCUUUCCUUUCGAUACAUUGCCUCGUUAAUUGGAUGUCGACACAUGCUUUUCUUUAUGUUAUUUUAUAUGGAAGCUUCUGUUGGCAAAUUUUGUAGCUUUUAGUAGUCUUCUGUUGACAUCCAUUGUCAUGCUCGAUCUCUCUGGUUAUUAGAACUCAAGUAAUGCAUGUAUUCUAAGAUGGCUCACUAAUGCUAGCAGCCUUGCACACAUUGGCAAUCUUCAAAGUCUGCAGGUUUUACGUCUGUCUCGUAACUCUGUUACCGGGCAACUACCUGAAACAAUUGGCAAACUCGACCUCUUGCAGUUCUUGGAUAUAUCAGAUCAACCACUUAUCAGGGCAGAUGCGGAGGACUUUAGGUUUGCCGAGUUGUCGUGGAGGAGCAGCCUUGUCAUACUUAAGUAUUGAGGGCAACAAAUUUAAUGGCAUUAUUCCAUCUAAUUUGGGUCGAUUUUCUGGAAUGUACAGGUUGGACCUCUCCUCAAACUCACUAGAAGGCGACAUCACUGAAGCACACUUUUCCCAGCUCCUUCAACUUGGAAAAUUUGGACAUAUCUUACAGCUCCUUCAAAUUGGCUUCCCCCUUUUGAUGCUUCAUUUAUUGACAUGAGUUUCUGUCAUAUAGGAACUAGAUUUCCUACUUGGAUUCGAAGCCAAACUAAUUUGAGAAGCCUUCAACUAUCUGGUGUUGAACUCGCGGGCAAAGUUCCAGCUUGGUUCUCGGAUAUGUCUACAGGAAGCAUUCCAACAAGCAAUCAAUUGUCCACGUUAAAUGACCCCUCAAUCCAUGUUGGCAACAAAGACCUUUGUGGUACGCCACUGUCUGUGUGCCCUGGAGACGUUGCUUAUCGAAGCCUACCUCCUGCAGCAAUUGAAGAAGGAGAAGAAGACAGUGAUGGCGAGCUUGAAGGUGUAUUAGAAAUUACAAGCAUCGUCAUGGGAUUCGUGGUUGGGUUUUGGAGUUGUUUUGGCAUAAUGAUCAUCAAACAGUCUCUAAGGGUUGCUCUCUUCCAGACUGGUGAUUGGGUCUUCGUGCAGUUGGCAGUAAGAUUUGCAAGGAUGAAGUCCAAAUCGAGAAGAACCACAUGAACUGUCGCAGGAAACUUGGGUGGCACAUUUACUAUUACAGCUUGAGAUCAUACGGUCCUUUCCACCAUGUCGCCCAUAUGUAUUAUGAUGGUAAAGCUAUCAGCAAAAGGACUGGACAGUUUCUGGUGUUCUAUGUAUUAUGAUGUUAUGCUAUUAGGAUAGUUUCGGUAUAUUGUGCAUGUCCAACUGUGAUCAUUCUGGAGCUUUAAAGCUUCAAACAAUUGCGAUAUACAUAUUACCUUAGCAGCUCA